UUUUUCUAUAUAUAAGUGUAUCUCAGUAGUCAAAUCCAAUAGUUUAGAGGCGGAUUGCGGUGUGUAAUCAUGAAAUGUCUUUUUCGGGGUACAAUACGAUUUGUAUUGUUGUGGUCAAGAUUUCCUCCAAAUCGUGAUCAAAAACCGUACCCUAGAGAAUACAUAAGAUGGGAUUUCCGCAACUUUCAUCAUCUGGAGACUAAAAAAGCCGCGAGACUUCAUUGACAAAUUAGUCUAGUGGUCUAGUUUAUGCAAUCGAAACCCGUGACUCUGGUCAGUACAAUGGAAAUUUAUUCAACGGGAAUUGUUUUACCAAUUUUAAAUAUUGUCAGCAAUCAAAAGACUGUGUCAAUAUCGUUAACAUCAGAAAACGAUAUCAAUAGUCAAUUAGUUAACAGAAUAUUUCAAAGGCCAACAACGUACAACUGUUUCAGUUCACUAGAUAUUGUUAUUUGUUGGUCUGAACUAAAAAUGGAAUUAAGUAAUAAAAAUUCUACUACAGACAUAUUAUUUUUGAAAAAAUGUUACAAAGAUUUUAUCAGGGAAGAUUUUUUAAACGCCUUUGGAAGACUUUAUUGUAAUGAAAAAAUGAAAGUGCCAAUUUUUGAUAGAUCAUUAAAAACUGAUUGUAAUCAUUGUGAGAAUGAUGAUACCAAUUUAAAUACACACAAUAAUGAAAUUGUAACUUAUGUCAAAAAUAUUUUAUUUUGGCUGGAUCCUAAGAUGGAUUAUAAUAAUUUUGAACAAGUUCCAAAAGUAAUAAAACAGAGGUUUUUCAAGACAAGUUAUUUUCAAGUUGGAGAACAAACAUCAAGAGUUUGUUUAUACUACAAAUUACCUGAUGUUGCAAAUAAAGUUUCAGAUGAACUAUCCAAUCACGAAAUUAAUUUAUUUAAUAAUAGAUCAAAGAUAAUUGAUGAAAUAGACAACAAUUUUGAAGCCAAAAGUUUCUUACAAGAUGAUUUAAUAAAAAGUACAUCAAAUUGUCAGGUAUUGGAGAAAAAUACUAUUGAUUUAUGUGAAAAAACAUUAUUUCCAACUGUUCCAAAUAGUGAAGUAGAUUCAUUUGGCCCUGAAGCAGAAAUUGAUAAGAUUUUUCAAAAUAUUGUUUGUACUUCAACUGUCAAUGAUUCUGCUCUAGUACAAGAUUCAACAACUGAAGUUCAAGAAUUUAAUAGUGAAGUUAAAAAACCACUUUACAAAACUACAAAUGACUUUACUGACUCAUGUAUGAAAGAUGACUCAAUUAUAUAUGAAACGGAAGUAAAUAAUGUGAAUGCUGAAUCAAAAGUAGUUCAUAACUCUACAAGUGAUCUUAUCAAAAAUAAAAAAUUUAUAAAAAACAGAUCUAAAAUUAUCUCCCCCGAUAAGAAAAAAAGUGAUAGUUCAUCAAAAAUGUUAGAACAACCAAUUUCAGAUUUUAGUGCUACUGAUAAUAAACCAUCGUCUGACAACUUCACCAAUAUUAAAGAAACAACUCCAUUAAUUGGAAAAAGAUCUAGUAAUUCUAAUGAUUCUGAAAUUGAUGCGAAAAAUAAAAAGAUGAAAUUAAAAUAUAAUGAAACAACUCCAAAAUCUAUAAAUAAAUUAAAGGAUGAAACACAUAAAACAUCAAUUUUAGACUCAGCAAAUAAACCUAUUAAAUAUUUGUAUAAUAGAAAUAGGAAAGGCGAAACUCUUAUGCAUACUGCUUGUUCAAAGGGUAAUUUAGAAUUAGUUAUGUCAUUGCUGUCUCAAGGUUUCAAUCCAAAUGUUAAAGAUCAUGCUGGUUGGACUCCUUUACAUGAAACUGUUAAAACUGGACGAUUAGAUAUUGUUGAAGAACUAUUAAAAUAUGGUGCAUUUAUAAAUGUACCAGGAUUUGAGUAUGAAACUCCAUUACACAUUGCUAUUAAAUAUAAUCAGUUGGAUAUUGCUAAAAUUCUCUUAGAAAAUGGUGCAGACUCUAAAUGUGAGAAUAUUUAUGGAGAAAAUUCUGAAUCUAUUGAUUUGGAGGUAUGGGGAAGUCUUUCAAAUGCAAGAAGUUUGUGUUUAUCUACAGAAAAAAACUUGAUUUAUGAACCAGAUCAAUUAACUAUUGUUGUAAAUGAAACAAAUUUGAACAGUGUUGUAGUCAACAAAUUUUGCAAACAAUUUAAUAUAAAACUUGCUAAAAACUGUUUAAGUGAAAAAAAUUAUGUUACUCAUAUAGUUGUAGCAAAUUCUUCAAACAAUGUUUGUUUAUCAAAUGUAGAGUGUUUGACUGGAAUAGCUAAUGGAUUAUUCAUAGUUCAACAAAAUUGGAUUUCUGAUUCACUACAAAAGAAUAAACUUUUGUCAUGUGAUGAAUAUGAAGUUAGGGGCACAAAACAAUUUAUUGAUUGCAAUGGACCAUUUAUAUCAAGAAUAAAUAAUCAAAAAUUGAAUCCAAAAUUAUUUGAUGGAAUAAAUGUGCAUAUAUGUGGAAAUGGUAGUUGGGGUCACUUCACAUCAGAAGACAUAAAGAAAUUAGUGAUUGAAUUUGGUGCAAAGAUUUUAAAACGUAUGCCAAACCCAGAAGAUUGUCCUUCUAAUGUCAUACCAUUUCAUUGUCGAAAAUCAGAACUAAUGAAGUAUACAUCUACAAUCAUAUUGUAUACGAAUGAUUCUUCUAGGUUAAUCAAGUAUAAUAUGAAGCAUUUAAAAGUUUUUCACGUUUCAUGGUUCUUUGAAGUGGCUCAAAAAUAUACAUUUAUUUGAAUUAACUUCCAAUUAUUGUUAAUAUUUAAUUUAUGAAAAAAAGUAAGUGUAUACACAGUUUAAUGCAUUUUAAAUGUUUGGAGUUAUUUUUUUUAAUUAAUUA